AUGCAAGCGUUUGGGGAACACAGAUCACUUAUUUUGCUAAUUAUUCUGAUUUUCUCGCUUUUAUUAUUUGAAUAUUACAUCGAUACAUAUAUUGAACACUCAAUUUAAUACAUUGUACGGAUACAAUUAGUUUGACAUAAGAUAGCGAAUAAUAAAUUUGUGGAGUGGCCCUUUUCCCGGUUUCUUAGUUCGUACUCGAACCUAUUCGGGCCCAGAGUGAACAAUGGAUUCGGGAAGUGGACAGUCGGGCAGGCAAGAUAACGUUUUAGUACAGAAAGUGAAGGGGUUGUUAAUGAGAGCAUGGCGCGAACGAUGGAAUGAAAUACAAUGGGGCAUCCACCUAAAAAAGCUGAUUGGUACAGCCCAACCUGGAGCUGAUACUAAGGAAAUUGCUGUGUUGCUUCUACAACAAGCAUUGGUGGGAGCCCACCCAAAUAGCCUGAUAUUGUCAUAUGUCAAGCAUGCUGUUUUCACCAAGUUGAUACCAAGUGUUGCAGCAUUCAAAUAUAUCUACAGCUAUGAUGAUUAUAAUAAGCCACACUGUUUACUGGCCCUGAUUGAGAUGGCCAAACACUUUUCUCUUCAUAUGAGCUACAGUUCAGUGUCAGAAGGUGGCGUCACAUUAUGUCAGACUCUACAGGCAUUAGUACACUGGCUACUGAAGGUCAUGUUGAAGUGUGUACAACAGUAUCAGGAAUCUCGUCAGACUGAGUACCAGAAUGUCCUCCAUGCUGCAGCACUUGCAGCUGAUGCCAUUACAGACAGUUACACAGUCAAUGGACUGCUUUAUAUAGCACAGAGUGAAGAAACAGAGGUGUUCUGUGACAUGGAACAGACAGAGUUAAAUGUACGCGGAACAUUGUCACAAAUUCCCCAAGAUGCCAUAUCAGAAGAUGUACGACAAGAUGUCUCCAACUUAAAUUUCCUUAAAAAUAUAAAGAGUACAGUAAUGCCACCAGACACACUAUUAGAUGUUGGACACCUGCCAAUUUGUCCUACAAUUGUUACCAUGGUAGCAUUAGAAGCUGUCCUAAAUCCUACAAGUGACAUGCAGCCAUUUGUUGAACAACUAUUUGUAUUAGAAAAACUAAUGAAACUUCAGCGGCCAUAUUUAUUUUGUGAGCUGUUUCGUGCAUGUUUCAUGGGUUUAAUAGAUCUGAAGUCUGGGGAAAGUCAAGAACAGUACAGAUGGUUAGCUUUCUCAUUCCUCAAGAUGCCGCAGAUAUUACAGAAGAUACAACAACAACAGCCAAGUCGAGAUUUUAGCUCAGAUUUAGAGGAAGGCUUUAACAAGUUACUCUACAGUUCCAACAUGCUGGAUCUAGCUGAUAUCAAACACAAUUGUGAUUUAUUGUUUUUCUUGCUUGGGGAAUGUUCGAAGAUCAAUCUAAUUUCUGAAUCUCAGCAGAAGCAUAUACAAGUAAAAAGAAAUAGAGAUUCCCAGAAGCCACGACCCAAUGACCAGCAGACAUGUGCUGCUUUAAUUAUUAGGGCAGAAACAACCUUCAAUAGUAUACUUAAGACAUUAGAUGCAGACUAUUCAAAGAACCAGGAAUCCUUGUUUGGGGUGUUACAUCACAUGUUAUCUGGCAAGAACUUUGGUUUGAUCCUGGCGGCAGCCGCUGCUACUGGAAAACUUCAAAUCUUCUGCUUCAAACUAAUCAAGAUCAGUGAGUUUGCCCGACAGAGUCCAGGUGAAGGGGGCAAGGCAUCACAGUUUAGGGCGUGGCUGUUUGACAUCUCAUUUCUUAUGUUAUGUCAUAUAACACAGGUGUAUGGUACAGAGAUGAUUAUGUCAAGUGCAGAGUGUAUGGAUACAUUUUUUGUACAGUGGGCACUCAAAUGUUUCCCAGAAGAUGGCAAGUAUAAAUCUGUAGAUAACAGUAUGCCUGUUGAUACAGCAAAAGUGGAUUUCCUCCUCAAUGCUCUUACACAGGGGACAGAUCUCUCACAGGGAGCACCAAAAUGGCAUGAGAUUUGUACAAAUAUACCAUGGGCGAUACAAGAGGUUCUGUUUGCCUGGGAACAUGGUUCUAUAGCAUCAGAUAGUAUAAAGAUGAUAUUGGGUUAUGUAAAGAACCGCAUGUUAUGUUUACCAAUCGUUGUGUCUGCCUGGUUGUGUAGUUAUAUUAACAUGUUGAGUGAUGAUGCCCGCACUAAACCACUGUCAAUGCUACAACAGUUGAUACAACCUUUGACAGGGGAAAAUACACCACAAUACUAUUCAGAAAGAUCACAUCUGAUGCAUUUAAUAGUACAGAAGAUGAUACAUGAGAUUUUGCCACCAUCAAAGCGUCCACCCACUCCUCAAUAUAUCCCAGCAAACACUUUACCAGCAGAAGUUAUGGCAAAGACUAUGAAAGGACUGUUCUCAAAGGGCUGGAUGGAUAUGGAAUGUCUGAGAACACUAGAGGUUAUCUUAAACCUGUGUGGGUCAGACUGGUUUGCUGAUAGACUGGUUAUGCAUAUGCUGGACAGUUACAGAGUUGAGGAUAUGAGCUUGAAUCUGAGCUUGGUGCUUGCCGUGUCACACAUGGAUCUCGAGCAUAUAACACUUAGUCUUCUUCUACACACUAUUCCCGGUCUGCUUCUCUCAGCUGAUAAACAUGUCCAACUUACAGACCCUAAAGGCUACACUCUAGCCAAAUAUUGUGUACUGGCUGUCACAUCAGCUCAGACAGCUAAAUCAUCACAAAAAGCAGAAACAUCCACAAUGUAUAGCCGAGGCAGAAAGAGGUCACGUAAAGAAUUUGACCUUGAUGACCUGGAUGAUACACACCCACAGAAACGUAGUAAAACUAUGGAGCCACAGAUUACACUAGAUUCAGAGGGGUUUAAUUUUGAUUUUCUCAAUGUGAAGGAGGAUGGUGAUUCCAGUCCUAUUAUUGACACAAAAGAUCCCCUCAAUAAAGCUCUAUUGAACUUAUUCCGACUGAUGAAUGCUAUUGUACAUGAUGGAAAUGUGAGUCCCAAGACAAGUUUUGUUAUCAGUUUUAUUGAUGAAGCCAUCAGAUGUGGACAAUAUUCCAGAUAUAUUCUACAGUUCAUGCCUCCAAAUAUGCUAUGUCAGAUCUUGAAAUGUAUCCCUGGAGUGUUUGGUAACGAGAAGAUAUUACAGAUUUGUGACCUCACAAACUCUACUGGCAGGAAAAUUGCUGCUAAAGCUAUAUGUCAGAGUUCUAGAUUUGAAAAAGAUUGAAAUGUUAUACAGACAUCAGGAUCAAUAAUUGACAUUCAUUGGCCUAACUUCUUUUUGAAGAACUUUCUGCAAACAGUUACAAUUAGAGGGUAGAGAAAAUAAGAGAGUAGAGAAAUACUUGAUGAAGUACUUUCUUAUAAGUUAAUUUGAUCAAGAGUUGGUAAAUACUUAUUGAAUGGCUAUAAUUGUUUUAUAGUUGUGUACCAAAGAAUCAUGUCUCUAAGUAGGUUUUAAGAAAUUUGAGUAUUGUCUUUUUUAUAUACCAAAACACAGUAUCUUGUCAACAUGUAAGAGAUGGAAUGUAAAAUCUUGUAUGAUUAAGACUGCAAACUGGAUUGUUAAAUUCAGAAUUUAUAGUU